GUUUUAAGUUUUUGGUGUUUUAGGAAAAAAUUCCUUCCGAUUGCGUCAGCCAAGGGACGGUAGAGAGGAGAUACGUCGAAAUUGAGGAGAGUACCACGCUGGAGAAAAGUGAUGUCAUGAAGAUCCUGGACUUCUGUAUAGAUGCUGGUUAUUUCGUCUUUGAUGGAAGAAUCUUCAGGCAAUUGGAUGGAGUAGCUAUGGGCUCUCCCCUGGGACCCAUUGCUGCGGAUAUCAUUAUGCAGAAAGUCUUGAAUGACGUUCUUGAGAUGUCUCCACUAAGGAUUGACUUUGUCAUCAAAUACGUGGACGAUUUACUCAUUGCAGUGCAUUCUGAAGACAAGCAUCUCCUCACCGAGGCGUUUGGGAGCAUCCAUGACAGGAUAAAGUUCACGAUAGAGCUGGAACAAGAGGGAAAAUUGCCAUAUUUAGAUCUCAACAUUCACAGAGAUAGAGAAAACAAACUCAGUACUUCAUGGUACACAAAACCCAGCUCAUCUCAGAGAUUACUCAAUUACAAUAGUAGACAUCCUCGCUAUACCAUCGUUAACGUUGCCCGGAACCUGAUUAGGAGAUCCAGAAUGCUCACCACUAAUCCGCAUGAGAAUGCUGAUAAUCAAGUGGCGAAUAUCCUCCGCAAAAACGAUUUCCCGGAGGGCGUGAUUGAGAGAUUGAUGAGACAAGGGGGGCGACCGGAUACUCGUGGUACUGUUGCGCUGGCUGACCAGAUGGAGUUCUUUCACACUCUUACCUACAUCAGGGGAGUCUCUGAGAAGCUUCAGCGAAAGAUCAUGCGCGCCACAGGGAUAAGGGUUGCAUUCAAGCCCCCACGAAAAGUCGCAGAAUUCUUCUCCCACGUAAAGGAGCCGGUUCCAAUGGACAGGAGGUGCGAUGUGGUGUACACUGUACAGUAUUCCUUGUAAGGAUUGCCAGAAACGGUACAUUGGGACUACGUCCCAGAUGUUGAAAAAUCGGCUCAGUGGACACAAAAGUGAUGUGGGUCCUCCCAUGAGAAACUCCAGGGCAUCCUCACUGUGCAUCCAUGUGGCUGCUACUGGACAUGAAUUUGACCUAAAAGCAACAAAGAUCAUUGAUCAACACAGGAAUCACAGGAAAAGAUUGAUUUUGGAGGCAGCUCACAUCAAGAAGAAUCUCUCCCGGAUUGUAAACAGACGUGAGGAAUGCGCGGAUAUAAACAUUGCUUAUGCAGCAUUGCUGCAUGAAACAUGAAGGAAACCGCUAUGCCACUAUGCCACAUAUGUGUUAUCUCAAUGUUUCUAGGAUAGUCCCCUCCCCUAUAUUUUAAAUAAUUAAUUCAGUUAUGCCUCAGAUAGUUGCAAAGAAAAGUCAGUUAUAGAUAAGUGAAAGAAAAUUGUUGAAAAAAGAGGUAAAAUCAAGGAAAAUAUUGCUUCCAUAGUUAGCAAGGUAGUCAGUUAUCCUUUUUCUUCCCUUAAAUAGAAUUCUCCUGCAUAAAAAACCACAUGAUCACCAAUAUCAGACGAUUGACGAUUCCCAAACAAAGACACAAUUGACCACUGAGGAAGACGCACAGAAGCGUCGAAAGCUUUGGCCCUAAAAUUGAAAGGAUGUGUUUGGGUUGACCUACCGUCCCUUGGCUGACGCAAUCGGA